AUGGCUGACCCGUUGAGUAUCGCGGCCGGAGUAAUAGCAAUUUUGCAAGCAACGAACAAGGCAUUGGAAGUAUAUGAUAACUUUGAAGCUGCACUAAAGAACGACCCAUGGGGUCUAAGCCAGACUAUCGAAGCACGGCCCCUGGUGGUGUACGCCCAAGAGCUAAGAGUCCUCGAGGAGACAGUUAGCGCAGCGUGGUCAGGCGAGGCUGGCGUUCAGCAACGUGCCUUCAAGCGAGCUAUUUGUUGGACACUGAAUGAGAAAGAUGUGAAGACCUCGCUUCAGCGCAUCGAACAGUAUAGCAGGGAGAAUAUCGUCGUCCAAUGGCUGUCUACAAAGGACCUAUACGAGUAG